UUUGUCAAAAGCAUCCGAGUCGCUAACAGCGAAAUCACUUGUUUCUGUCAAUAUCAUCAACUUUCUCAGGAUGUUGUCAUCGCGAUUUGUGGGCAUUGCUAUACUCUUGGCUGUCGUGCGAUGGGGCGAGGCUUUCUCGAUCACGACGCCGACAUCUGUCACCAGCCGUAGCUCGUCGACCGUUCGAUUUAUGGCUCCCAUGGCCCAACCGGAAACCCAAAUCAAAACCAAAACAAAGCAAGUGACCAAGGAAAAGCAGGAAGUGAUUCAAAAGAGCAAAGUCAGCACGGGUGACCCCGUUCAAAAGCGUGACGAGGACUUUCAAGACGCUCCCAUGUACAAGCUCAUGUUGCUAGCCGACGAUGGAUACGAUGGCGAACACGUUAUCACCCGCAUGUGCGCGAUUCUCGAAGAUAUGGAUGAAGAUGCGGCGGCAACGGUUUUUAAACAGGCGCAACAGAGUGGCAAGGCCAUGUGUGGAAAAUACCCCUUCGAAAGGGCAGAACUGUUCAAAGAACAACUCGUCCGAUCGACUCCCAUGAUUUUUAGUGAUUUGGAAGAAGAAAAUGCGUAGCUGGCUACUUGCUUUUACCACCAUACGCUACUUUCCGCGAAAUUGUGUAAUCUGAUGUUUUUUUUUCAAGAUCCU